UGCUGAGAUCUCUGGCGCUUUCCCAGGAAUCCUCAGAAUGUGAGGUUUCUCUCAAAGGCAUCUUGCAUCAGCCUGUGGAUGUAUGCCUACCGCCGGGCUCCUUCCACCGGCAAAGUGGAAAAAGAAGCGUUUAACAACAAAUUCUCCUUUUGGGGUUGGGGGAACGCAGUGGAUUAUAGCUCUGUUUUCUUCUUUCCAAAACUGUGCACCCCUGGAUGAGAGGAGAUCUACAAGUGGUCUGGAGUUCAAUGAUCUAGGAAGUUCCAGGGCUUGUGGCUUGAGGCAAAGAAGCUGGAAUAAUUGAAGAGAAGCAGAGGGCAGCUGUUCUGGAAUAUCACAUUCCACAGAGAAUGUUCUUCACUCAUUGAUGCAAGAUCACCUUGAAUAUCUGACUUUUCUACCACUUUCCUGGGGUGGAAUUCUACUGCCUAGAAAACAUCAUAGAAAGCUUCUGUUUCAUCAAACUUCAGUUCCAGCACCGUCCUCUGAGAUCAUCCUGACUCCCAGAAUGCCGUUGGUGCUGCUCCUGCUGCUGCCUAUCCUGAGUUCUGCAAAAGCCCAGGUUAACCCAGCUAUAUGCCGCUAUCCUCUGGGCAUGUCCGGAGGCCACAUUCCAGAUGAGGACAUCACGGCUUCCAGUCAGUGGUCAGAGUCCACAGCUGCCAAAUAUGGAAGGCUGGACUCAGAAGAAGGGGAUGGAGCCUGGUGCCCUGAGAUUCCAGUGGAACCCAAUGACCUAAAGGAGUUUCUGCAAGUUGACUUGCACAGCCUGCACUUUAUCACCCUUGUGGGGACCCAGGGACGCCAUGCAGGGGGCCAUGGCAUUGAGUUUGCCCCCAUGUACAGGAUCAAGUACAGUCGGGAUGGCACGCGCUGGAUCUCUUGGCGGAACCGGCAUGGGAAUCAGGUUCUAGAUGGAAAUAGUAACCCUUAUGACAUUUUUCUAAAAGACUUGGAGCCACCCAUUGUGGCCAGAUUUGUUCGUUUCAUUCCAGCCACCGACCACUCCAUGAAUGUGUGCAUGAGGGUGGAGCUCUAUGGCUGUGUCUGGCUAGAUGGUUUGGUGUCUUACAGUGCUCCAGCUGGGCAGCAGUUUGUACUCCCUGGAGGCUCUAUUAUUUAUCUGAACGAUUCUGUCUAUGAUGGAGCUGUUGGGUACAGCAUGACUGAAGGGCUGGGCCAGUUGACAGAUGGGGUGUCUGGCCUGGAUGAUUUCACCCAGACCCAUGAGUACCACGUGUGGCCUGGCUAUGACUAUGUGGGCUGGCGGAACGAGAGUGCCACCAAUGGCUACAUUGAGAUCAUGUUUGAAUUUGACCACAUCAGGAAUUUCACUACCAUGAAGGUCCACUGCAACAACAUGUUUGCCAAAGGAGUGAAGAUCUUUAAGGAGGUACAGUGCUACUUCCGCUCGGAAGCCAAUGAGUGGGAACCUAAUGCCGUCUCCUUCCCCCUUGUCCUGGAUGACGUCAACCCCAGUGCUCGGUUUGUCACGGUGCCCCUCUAUCACCGCAUGGCCAGUGCCAUCAAGUGCCAAUAUCAUUUUGCUGACACUUGGAUGAUGUUCAGUGAGAUCACCUUCCAAUCAGAUGCUGCAAUGUACAACAACUCUGGAGCUCUGCCCACCUCUCCUGUGGCACCCACAACCUAUGAUCCAAUGCUUAAAGUUGAUGACAGCAACACUCGGAUCCUGAUUGGCUGCUUGGUGGCCAUCAUCUUCAUCCUCUUGGCCAUCAUUGUCAUCAUCCUCUGGAGGCAGUUUUGGCAGAAAAUGCUGGAGAAGGCUUCCCGGAGGAUGCUGGAUGAUGAAAUGACAGUCAGCCUUUCCCUGCCAAGCGAGUCCAGCAUGUUCAACAAUAACCGCUCUUCAUCACCAAGUGAGCAAGAGUCCAACUCUACUUAUGAUCGCAUCUUUCCCCUUCGCCCUGACUACCAGGAGCCCUCCAGGCUGAUACGAAAACUCCCAGAAUUUGCUCCGGGGGAGGAGGAGUCAGGCUGCAGUGGCAUUGUGAAGCCAGUCCAGCCAAAUGGGCCCGAGGGGGUGCCCCACUAUGCAGAGGCUGACAUUGUGAACCUCCAGGGAGUGACUGGGGGCAACACAUACUCAGUGCCUGCUGUCACCAUGGACCUGCUCUCAGGAAAAGAUGUGGCUGUGGAAGAAUUCCCCAGGAAACUCCUAACUUUCAAGGAGAAGCUGGGAGAAGGCCAAUUUGGGGAGGUUCAUCUCUGUGAAGUGGAGGGAAUGGAAAAAUUCAAAGACAAAGAUUUUGCCCUAGAUGUCAGUGCCAGCCAGCCUGUCCUGGUGGCCGUGAAAAUGCUCCGAGCAGAUGCCAACAAGAAUGCCAGGAAUGAUUUUCUUAAGGAGAUAAAGAUCAUGUCCCGGCUCAAGGACCCAAACAUCAUCCGUCUCUUAGCUGUGUGUAUCACUGACGAUCCUCUCUGCAUGAUCACAGAGUACAUGGAGAACGGGGACCUCAAUCAGUUUCUCUCUCGCCACGAGCCCCCCAGUUCUUCCUCCAGCAGUGUACCCACUGUCGGUUAUGCCAGCUUAAAGUUUAUGGCUACCCAGAUUGCCUCUGGCAUGAAAUACCUUUCUUCUCUUAAUUUUGUCCAUCGAGAUCUGGCCACACGAAACUGUUUAGUGGGUAAGAACUAUACCAUCAAGAUAGCUGACUUUGGAAUGAGCAGGAAUCUGUACAGCGGCGACUACUACCGGAUUCAAGGCCGGGCAGUGCUCCCUAUCCGCUGGAUGUCUUGGGAGAGCAUCUUGCUGGGCAAAUUCACUACAGCAAGUGAUGUAUGGGCCUUCGGGGUGACUCUGUGGGAAACUUUCACCUUUUGCCAGGAGCAACCCUAUUCCCAGCUGUCAGAUGAGCAGGUCAUCGAGAAUACUGGAGAGUUCUUCCGAGACCAAGGGAGGCAGACUUACCUCCCUCAGCCUGCUAUUUGCCCUGACUCUGUGUAUAAGUUGAUGCUCAGCUGCUGGAGAAGAGACACCAAGCACCGCCCCUCGUUCCAGGAAAUCCACCUUCUACUCCUUCAACAAGGGGAUGAGUGAUGCCAUCAGUGCCUGGCAACAUUCUGACGACCCUGGUCCUCCCCUCGAUCCUACUACUCACCCAUGCCUAAGCCACUCCAGCUGGACGUUUAAUGGACCUAGAGACAGAGGCUUGUUUGCUUUGUUCUCCUCUGUCCCUCGCCUCCCUCCACUUCCCCACUCCCUAUUCCUGACUCACAUAUACUUUUUUUUUUUCUUACAUUAAAGAACUAAAAAAGAAAAAAAAAACAAACAAACCCUAGGGCAGAGAAAGUCUAGUAAAAGAAAUUUUACUUGAUAGACCAGAUUGUUGGUUAACAAAUGCUAGAAAAUUCAGAUAAUUUAUAAAGGUUAAAUAUGCUGUGUUUUUAAAUGUGUAGAUUCUACAAUAUCUUUUCCAUGUCACCCUUUAGAAAGUAUUUUCAGAAAGAGAAACUUGAAGGAUAUUAAUGUCUUGGGAAAUGGGAGAUUAGGUUUAGGGAAAACACUUGGUAGGCGUGGAGAAUCUGAGGGUAGAGUAUUCAGCAACUAAUCACAGAUGAUUUCCUAAUACGGCCUCUGGACAAGUCACGAAAUCACUAUUUGCAUUUCCCUCUCUUGUCAGAAUGGAUGAUACGUUCUUGAAAAUCGCCACUACUGUGAAAUGGGUGCUUUGUUUAUUCAUGGGCAAGGGUCAGGGGUGGGGUCCAUAUAUAAGACAUAGGGGUGUGGAUAGGAAAGAGUGUCUGCUAUAAGGCUGUAUGAAGGGGAACUGUUAAUUUAAUUUACAAUGAAAGGAAAUAGUACUGUAUGCAUCCAAAGAGUUUUGAAUAGAGAAUGGGCAAAGGAAAGGAGGUCUAGAAAGGACAGGUAACAGGUGUACUCUUAAUCUGUGAUUUCGGCAGAGAGUCCUCCUCUUGCUCUUGUUCAAAAUAUUUUUAGGUGUAGGUGUUAGUGGGAGCCUGAUUUUUGAAUCAGUUAAGACUCAUGUUUUUGACAUCUUGAUCCGAGGCCCUCUGGUUCACCAUCUCCAAAGCUUACAGCUCUUUUAAUAGAUGAAGCCUCUGUGGUCAGAUGGACUGGGCACUGAAUUUCUCAGGCAUAAAUACCUGAAAGCCAUCUACUGCAGGGAAUAGAUCUGUUCUGAGUGUCCCCAAAGGAUUGGACUAGGACCAUUGAGGAGAAUUUAUAGGGAGACCAAUUUCUACUACAUAUUUGGGAAAACAUAACCAGUAUCAGAGCAUUACAGGAUGAAUGAGCUGCUUCCAGACGAGGGGAGUUCUUUGCUCCUGAAGUUCAGAUAUAGGCUGGAAAAACUGUGCAAGAAAGGUAUAGGCUUCCAAAAACAAGGCAGGUGCUUCUAUAAGAUGAUAUUUACUGUUCUUCUAACUGAGAAGUCCUUGAUUUCAGUGAGGCAUAGUGUGAGCACAUUGAGAGAAGUCAUCCACUGCUACUGCUUAGUGUACACACUCUCUUGCUGUAGAGAUAGUGUGAGCAACAGAAAAGAAAGCAUCAGACUGGUUUCUUUUCCUCUAGAAUUCAUGGAAACUGAUACACUGUCAAGUAAGAGGUCCUGUAGAGUGGAUUCUGAGCUUUUACGCUCUACAAAUCCUCAGACUCAGUGGGAAGCAGGAAAAGGGAACCUUCAAUUCCUGCUGAGGAGAAACAAGAAAGGAUUACAGAAUAAGCUUCCCAAGCUAAGAAGGAAGUCUUGACUUAAGUCCCCCUUGGUUGUUCUCACUUUCCCGCCUUCCACCUAGUCUCUCAGGAACUUGAGUGUUUCCCCCUGUUCAGCCUCAGCAUUGCUGCAGGCCGCAACAUAAGCAUAAACCCCAAAGCCCCAAGAUUCAUUUGUCAGGUCAUCUCCUGGCCCUAGCAAAUGCUGUAUCACCCUAUAACUCUGGGCUUCAGUCUCUCCCAGAAUUAGCUUUGGAGAGUCAUUUGUUUGGGGAUCAGGAGAGCAUUGGUUUGCAAGUUUCAGUUCUACUUCUGCCUCAAGGCAAGUGUUUCAUCUAAGGCAAACCACUUUGCCUCUGAGCUUUGGGAUUCUUGUCUCUAAAAUGAAGACAUUUUAUUAGAUAGUCUUGACAUCUCUUCCUGCUCUGAUGUUGUUCAGUGCUCAUUGGACAGUUGGAUCUACAACUACAACUGAUACGUAUUCAGUUAUCCUGUCAUCUGCUCUAAAAACUUGUGGUCAUGGAUCUGCAAAAGAGAUCAUACAGGAAGCCAUGGGAAUAGUAACACCUGCCAUUUGUAUAGUGUGUUCAAGUUAACCAGGUGUUUCCAAUACAUCAUCACAUUUGAUGUGAGCAGGGCUAUACAUGUUCUCUUAUACCCUGAUAGUUACCAUACUCUGCUUUCAAGAUCAGUAUUUUAACUUCAUUAAAAUUAAGGGGACUUGAAAUCAAGACCUGAAGUAGGGCUCUAGUAGGGCUACAUUCAAACCAUGCCAUGACUUCUUAUGUGGUAAGAGAAAAUAAUUUCAUAUUCCCUUUCUUUGACUAACAUCUUCCUACUUCUUUCUUUUUAUGCUUCUGCCUCAAUUCAUUGCAUUCCAUGAUCCAAUCCAAAAAAGCUUGUUUGAAAUGAACUUAGGAUGCCUGAAUUUCCCUGGCCUUGAGUCACAGUAGUAAUCUGUCUCAGGUGGCUGCCAAAUAUAUUCUAUUACAAACAGUUAUAUUUUCUGGGAUGAGAAAGGUUUCAUCUUCUGGAAGUGAGGCCUUGGUAUUACAGGCACAGGUUUAACUUCUAAUCCAGUUACACUUACAUGUUAUCAGUUUAAAUCUAAGAGACACAACAGAGCAUAUAAUGAGGGCUGAGUAUGUGGAAUUUAAAAGUAGCUCUAACCUUAAUGUAUCUAGGAAUUAUAUGGAAAGGGAGGUAGGAAAGGAGAUGGAAAAUUAUGGGGCCUUGUUGUCUUUGUAGUAAGUUAUCCUGUUCAUAAUAUGUGGAAUAUUUUUGUCCAGAUUAUGUUUGUGGAUUGUCAGAUCUAAAUUUAUACUUCAUUUUUUAGUGUGCUGAUAGGUAGGUCCAACUGUUAAUGAGCUAUCAGGAUGCAUAUGUGAUCAGAAAAGAUUUGGAGUGGAAAAAGGCACCGAAGGGGAAAAUAUAGUUUCAACGCUAUGGAAAGAUCACUUGCAAGUAUACAAGACUGUGUAAUAAAGAGCAUUGUAUGAAAGUGGAGUAAAAACUGGAUCAAUGAGUGUGUAUAAAACUGAAUGAGGAGGAAGGUAGGGGCCAGAAAGAAGGUUGCAUAAAAAGAGGUAAUGGAGGUGUGUGGGGAAAACAUAGGGGAGGUUCAAGUCAAGGGAGAAACAAGGGUGGUGGAGCUGUUAGGAAUCCAUUUUGAAGCAGGAAAGCUGAGAGAAGGUAGAAAAAGUAAGUGUCUUGAAGAUGAAGGAUAAAUAUGGAUGGAGAAAGAAGAAAUUCUGGAUGAUAGAGAUUAUAAAAAUAUUAACUAAAAAAUGCAAAGUCAACUUCAGUCUUUAUAAUGGAAAGGAGCUUUUCAGAGAAAAGGGGGAAGUUGUUCAUGGAUAUUAAACACAUAAGCAACCGUCAGUGAAUAACCUUUUCAUUUCAGAGAAAGUGCAUUAGGGAGACAAUUUGAGCACCUAUGUAUUCUAGACCAUUUCAGGUGCUGAGGAUAAUGGUGAAAAGAUACCAACUCUGCUUGAACUGGGCUUGAUUUCCCAAGUGCAGCACUGGAAAUGAAGACCUAGAGAUGGGGAAUUUACUGUAGUUCAUGAAGCUUAGUGUUUCCUUCUCUUCCUUCUGUUAAUGAAAUCCAAUUUCAGUAAUACCCAUCACUGAUGUGCUCAUAAUGGCCUCUGGAAAACAUUCAAACAAAAGGCUAAAUUAGACAAGACUAAAUUUUGUUGGGAGUACAAAGAAGUAUGAGCUAUGUUGGAAGAGAGUCUGAAGAGAGAAAGAGAGGAACAUGUUCCAGGAACAGAACAGCAUCUGUCUUGCCAAAAUUAGAAAAAAGAAAAGGGAUGCGGGAGGAGAAAGAGAAGAAGAAAAUUACAGUUAAGGCUCAGGUUAUCCUACCUUGAAUUCAUAGGCUCAUAAUUUGCCAUAUGAAUCUGUUCUUUUCUCUAAGACCUCUGACAUUUGGCAGUAAGUAUGGUAGGUCCCUAAAUGUUUCUGGAAGAUGCAGCUCCUGAUCUAAGUUGGGGAAUCCUUCGGAACUGAAAUUAAGAUUUUUAUAGAAAUAGAUGGAUGUCAGUUCCACCUGGUAAAUGUCUUGGAAUGCUGAAUUGAGAAGGAAAGAGACUGUAAUAGCUAAUGGUGAUCAGAUUUCUGUCAUUUUGGGUUUUCUGCUACAAUUAGCUGCACUGCUUAUAGUGACCCACUUCUUGGGUCAUUGUUUAGUUGCUGGAUACUUUUAAAAACUUGUUAUUUAAUAACUCACAGAUUAUUUAAGAUUAACAAGAAGUUGCGAAAAUAGUGCAGAGUUACAUUACCCUUCAGCCAUAUUUCCUCAUUGAUAAUAUCUUAUAUAACCUGAUAACAUCGUCCAUAAGCAUGGUCCAUUUUCAGAGCCAGAAAAUUGACAUUGGUAUAAUACUAUUAAGUAAACUACAGACAUUUGGAUUUCAUCAGUUUUUCAUAGGUACUUAUUUUGUUGCAGGAUACUUUUAACCCUUGUUAAUUUGCACACUGGCCCUGCUUGGAUGCAGCAGGAAGCACACUAUCUGGAAACAAUUCUAUAAAAUUUGUAAGAUAUUAUAGGAUUUGAUCUGUUCCUUUAUCAAUGAGCAAUAUUCUGUCUAUGCUGUUUCUAAAUUUUCUAACUAUUUUAGCUGUUUGUCAUCUGAAACCAUCUGAGGAGGAUCCUUGUGAAGGAUUAGGUAGCACAAGUACCAGUAAGAUCUGUCCAUAGCUUGCUAGGCAGAGAAUCAGGUAUGGAAGGAAAUUCUAGGUGGUUCCUGUAGUUCCUACAAGUGAAUAUGAUUUGUAGUGGUGAUAAGGAGAGGACUUUAGAGUAAACCAAUAGUUUGGUCAAGAGUUAGGUGGCAUUUAGUGAAUGGCACCAGGAAUAGCUCAAUGAAGGAAAAUAGUACAGUGGCAUAGACCCCUGAUAGGUGAUAAAUAACUAUUUUCAGAACGGUAGAGAAAUUUCAUUUGCCUAAAUAUCUAUUGUUAAAUGGAAUAACAACCACAUGAGACAAGUUAAGUGCCAACACAGCAGCAAUUUGGGAGAAGUUGAAGCUCUGCUUUUGCGGAUUACAGCUUUGAGGUUUGUGAUGGUUGUUUUAAGCUGCCCUAUUUAGGGGUCACAAGAUUAUAAUUGUGUUCAUCACUGCACACUCUGUGUCCUUUAAAGUUCCUGGCACAUAGUGAGCACCUGAUAAAUAUUUGCCAAUGUUAGUUGAAUGAAUAAACAAUGGAAAUAGAAACUUGUCCUCCAGCAUAACCGGGGUGAAUUUAAGAAGUGCUUUGCUGCAAUACAGAGAUGGCUUACUUUGAAAUGAAAAGAAAGGAAAAAGUGUCCUAACUUGUGGCGAGUGGAGUACUUCCUACAUUUGUGUAUUUUCUGAUGCUGAAAUCAAUCUAUGGCAAGGCUUCUUUCUUUGAGGUAUUUAGAAAGCAAUGCAAGGUGGUGCUUAACAGGGCACCCCUUCAAAACCAGGCACCAGAUCCUGGCCCCAAACCCAACUUAUUUGAAACAAGCUAUCUAGUUUCUCCAGCAGUCACCUGCCAACCACUUCACAGGCCUCUCCAGGAGAAGAAUCAGAGUCUCAAUUAGUCUGUGAUCACCCACAUUCACAACUGCAUGUUAAGGAAGAUUUUAUAAAGAGAGUCAUGGGAAAGCAUAAUGGGAUAAGGUAACAGCUUACAGUAAAAAACCAUUUUCCUGAAAAGAAACAUGGAAACAAAUGAGAGUUGAGAGGAUUCCUGCAAACAUACCAAGAGUUUGUAAUCUAGCCUAUCUAUUUUAUGUCCUUUACUCUUCAUGAUAUUCUAUUCUUCUGCCCUAUUGUCUGGUAACUUUUUCUGAGGAUUGAGUUUCUUAAGCAAUGUGGUACGCCCUCAUUAUGAUGAGGAAACAGCUGGGCCUUUCCGCAGGCUUUGGAAGAUGAUGUAUCCUGUCAAAGGAUAAAUAGUAAACUGAUUUAAUUUCUGCUUAAAGCUAUAGUAGUCAUUCCAAAAUGGAAUACAUACAAAUUCUCUGUAUUAGAAAAAAAAUGUGGUGCCAAUUGUAUAUUUUCUUUUCUUUAUUUAUUCUCUGUAAGUCUGUCUGUCAGAUGAUAAAUUGUAAAUAACAAUGAUUAAAGAAACAUGCUACUGA